AUGCCUAAUUAAAAUAAAAAUUAAGUUAUUAUGAGAUGUAAUAUGCUAUUAUGUAAUCUGAAAAAUUGUAGCAGCAUUAAUUGGAAAAGUUUCUUAAGAGAUGCUAAAAUAAUUAAAAAAUUAAUGAUAUCGAUGAAAGAAUUUUAAAUUCUUUAUUAUAAAAUUCAAUUUUUUGAUAGUCUUGUUUGUAGUUUAUUUUUAUAUUGUCUUUUUGGAAAAGCAAAGAUUUACUUUCAAUUUUAUAAGUUAUUUAAAUAUCUUUUUUAUCCUAACAGAACAAAUUGA